UCAUAAUUGGAUGGUUUAGACGUUGAAAAUAACGCGUAAUUGAUACUUAAGAUAAUUAUCUCGUAUAUUCGAUUUACUGAGUAAUUGUUCCUAUCAAUUUGAUUCGUUUUUAAUAACAAUGCAUACUUAUAUACUUACCUGUAUAAAGCUGGGAAUGUUUCAUUGUGGAAUUGUUUGCGCUUUGAUACACACGACGUGUUAUAGAAGUGUUAGAUAGUUGUGCUGGCUACCAUUCCUAAGCUGCACGCUGUACAGUCUAUGUUGGUCCUACUGCUGCGGAAUGAUACACAAAUGGAUAAAAGGGAUAUGGCAAUCACUAAAAAUACAAUAGAUAGAAGUGAUAAAAAUCGAAGCAACUCUAAUAUCACAGGAGCCAUACAUGGACUUGAAGUCACAAAGAGAAACUACUUGUAUCGUUGUUAUGGGAUUUAAUUUUUGUGGAGACAAUGGUUGAUGAAGUCAUUCCUGACGGCAAUGAUUGAUCAAUCAGUUGUGUUAAAGAUCGUCUGAAAAUGACAUCCUCCAAUGUAUUGGUUGUUACUAAUACUUCUACUUCAGCCCCCUUCACUGACCAGGUUGCAAUAACUUGGGACGAUGCUACGUGGAUUCUUACAAGUUCUUUCAUCAUAUUCACCAUGCAGUCGGGGUUUGGUUUACUAGAGGCUGGAGCCGUGACCAAUAAGAACGAAGUGAACAUAAUGGUCAAAAAUGCAGCUGACGUCAUUUUCGGUGGCUUGACGUAUUGGGCGUUCGGGUUCGGCCUCAGUUUCGGAAAGGACAAAGGUGCCAAUUUGUUUUGUGGUAUAGGACACUUCUUUGUCGACGCAGACGAUGAUCAAAUGGGAGUCAUAUUUUCUACUUUUGUGUUCCAACUUUCUUUCGCGACAACCGCUACAACAAUUGUGUCUGGCGCAAUGGCGGAGCGAACGAAACUCUCAUCCUAUAUCAUCUUCAGUUGUGUUAAUACAGUGGUGUAUUGUAUUCCUGCGCACUGGCUAUGGGACGAAAUUGGCUUCCUACGCAAACUCGGUGUUGUAGACAUUGCCGGUUCCGGCGGUGUACAUCUGAUCGGAGGUAGUUCCGCGUUUGUGGCAGCAGUCUUGCUUAAACCCAGGUUAGGGAGGUAUGACCACGGAACAGAAUCGCUACCUAUGGGAAAUCCUGUCAAUUCACUCCUCGGAACAUUCAUGCUGUGGUGGGGCUGGCUGGGGUUCAACUGUGGGAGUACGUUUGGUAUAUCCGGUGCAAAGUGGAAACUGGCUGCUAAAAGUGCCAUUGUAACAUUAUUGGGGUCUAUUGGAGGUGGUGUGAUUGGUAUCACUGUCAGUUUCUUCACAAGAAAGGGCAAAUUUGAAAUAGAAUACAUAGUAAACAGUAUUCUCGGAGGCCUCGUUGCGAUAACAGCUUCUUGUGCCAUCAUCAGACCGUGGGAGGCCCUUAUCGCCGGAGCCAUUGGGGGACUAAUCGCGAUAUACGCACCUAAACUGAUCAACUGGAUGAGGGUAGAUGAUCCAGUGGACGCUGUGUCCAUCCACGGAGUCGUCGGUAUAUGGGGUCUAUUGGUAGUAGGACUUUUCACGGAAAAUGAUCACUUAGAAAACCUGACAUUUGGACGGAGCGGCCUGUUUCAUGGGGGCGGUCUCUACCUGUUGGGAGUUCAAAUCUUAGCAGCUCUUAUUCUCGCUCUAUGGGCAUCCCUCUGCACAUUUCUUCUCCUAAUGCCCAUCAAGUUGACUAUUGGUAUCCGUUUAUCUCCACACGAAGAGCUCCUCGGAUCAGACUAUGUAGAGCAUAACAUAAAACAUAAGGAAACCAAUAUCAUCUUUUCUCGUCCAUCAACUGCACGUAAUCGAAUCUUAGCCAGUAGAACUAACCUAAACAGUGUUGUCUGUGAUCAAAUGUCAACAAGUGAGAGGACUCACGUGAUUCCGGAUACUGAAACCUCGGUAUCUGAUGUUAUUGCAAUAACUGACUUCCUUGAGGAAAGCAUCGAAUCUGCCGAGAAUCAGGCCGUCAUAUCAACUGACAGUACACCAAAACGUAAAUGUCCACAAAUUGCUUGUUUUUGCUGCAAGCAUACGAAUCGAACACUAGUUAUCAAUUCGUAAUCACGCUAAUGUUUAAAGUGUAUGGUAUCUUCAGAGGAAGAGAAAUAUUCCACAAAUGCUAAAGUAAUAUUUAUUUUUAAAACAAUUACGUUUGAUUGGCUUGAAUUGGACGGACGAACCCAGAUGCUGUUUGGAUGUGUGCGUGUUAAAAAGUGAGAAAAUCGUAAAGGGCACGUGACCCAAUUCCUUUUCACAUACGAUUUGAACAUCGUGUAAAGAUAUUUUACUGACUACAGUGUUAUUCUAGCACAAAGGACGUGUCUCUCAUCAUCAACAUAGUAGUAAAUUGAAGCACCACAAACGGGUAAGAUCAUAUGCAGCACUUCUAAACUCAAACUUGAUGACUCACCAAUUGGAAACAAGCGGUUUCAAUCACAAAAUGGCAAAACGGUCCUGAUGGAUGGUUGUGUAUGGAUAGUAAGUGUUUUCUGUGUGAGUAUCCACACUAGAUUAAAAAGUGUCCUUCAUCUGUACUGCGAUACAGAUAUACCAUGUUUAAUUACUUUGUAUAUGUUCCAUUACAUGGUUGAUCUUGCGUGUCCAUGUUAUAUGUAAUUCAUAAAACGAGUUUGAUAAUUUGACACGAUGCAACUAAAU